AUGUCUGCUGAGGCCACGUCUGCUUCUAGCGACUACAUAAGGCUUCACAUAAGCCCUCUCGAUCCCGAGCUUCUCAAGAUCGUUAUUCCAGCUUCUGCAGCCCCCAAGGCGCGCAACAUUUCAUACCACACGCUCGAGACGUUUCCCGAACGACGCUACGGCUUUGUCGAACUCCCAACAAUGGAGGCUGACAAGAUAAAAAAGAAGCUCAAUGGCGCUGUGUUGAAGGGCAACAAAAUACGGAUCGAAAAGGCCAGACCAGAACAGAGAGCUGAACCUACUGGUGAAGUUGAUCAGGAGGAAGAGGAGAAGUCCACGAAGAAAAAGAAGAAGUCAAAGGAAUCCAAGGAGGAAUCGAGAAAACGAAAGCGUGAUCACGAGGUCGUCGAGGGCGUCGCUCUGACAGACCGCAAAGUCAAGAGAGGAUGGACAGAACCCGCGGAUCAGAGAAGAAAGAAGAGCAAGCAGGACAAAAAAAAGGAAAAUGAUGGCAAACACACUGAGAAGAAAAAGCGCCUAAAAUCAAAGUAUACAGACGGAGAUGAGUGUCUGCUCAAGACCAAGGUUCCCCCUAAUCUCACCUCCACUCUCCCUGAGGACGAUCAACCCCGAAAGCGCAAGAAGAAGGGCAAGUCGCGCGAAGUUAUUGUUCAUGAAUUCGAGAAGACCACGAAAUUCCCGAGCUUCUUGAAGACCUUGGCCGAUGGGGAACAAGCCAACACAGCCACCGAAUUUAUUGAGGGUAAAGGCUGGGUCGAUGAGAAUGGCAAUGUAGUCGAGACGGUCAAGGAGAAGAAGAUUCCCGAACCUGUACCCAAGAAGAAGAAAGUCAAGAAGGCGACACCUCCUCCUGUCGAGGAGUCAGAUGAUGAUACCAGUAGCAGUGGUACCAGUAGCAGUGGUACCAGUAGCAGCGGCUCCUCUGAUGAGGAUAGUGAGGAUGAGAUGGAAGUUGAUGCUCAAGUCGAAGAGAAGAAAGAACAGACAGACACAACCAAGGAAGCUCUUCAGCCAGACGAUGAGUCCUCCGAGCCUGAAGCCGACUCUCCCGAACCACCCCAACAAGCCACACCCCUCUCAGCCAUCAAAGCCGACGAAACAAGACCCAUGUCCUCAAGUUCUUCCCGCAGUCUCACCAUCAAGAUACCCCCUCCUGGAACACCCUCUACCAAAGUCCACCCCCUUGAGGCCCUUUAUAAGCGUAGCAAACCCGACGAGGUCGCCACAGAGACUCUCGCCAAACAGGAAGCUGAGCCCUUCAGCUUCUUUGGAGGUGUUGACAACGACGAUAUCGAGGACGAGGAGGACCAGGACCCCGCAAACCUGACCAUCGCAACCCCCGCGCCCAUGACGCCCUUCUCUCGCCAGGAUUUCGAAUGGCGCAACGUUAGAAGUGCUGCGCCUACGCCCGACACCGCGCAUCCCUCACGAAUGCGCAACUUCUGGCCUGAGGAUGACGAAGACGGCGACGAAGACCUCGACAUGGCAGAGCAUGGCUUCGACGAGGAUGGAGACGAGAAAGAUGCUUCCGCUCCACAAAGCUCAAGCGACUUUCAGGCUUGGUUCUGGGAUAACAGACGCGAUCUCAACAGAUCAUGGAUGAAGCGUCGCAAGACUGCGGCCAAGGAGAAGCGACACAGAGAGAACAAAGCCAGGGCUAGCAAGGCGGCAUAG